AUGGAAGGGAACGCGAAUUCUGCCGCUACAGAAGAAGUACCAGGAGAGAUCAAAGAUGAGAUGAGCAGAUUGUAUCGUGAGAUACCGAAUCUUUCAGAUGAUUAUGAAGUGAUAGAUAAAAUUGGUGAAGGGACAUUUUCGUCUGUGUACAAAGCUAGAGAUUUGAAGGGGAAGAUAUGUCAUAAGUUUAGCUCUCAUUUCUGGUCGAAAGAUUCACACUAUGUUGCGUUGAAGAAAAUAUAUGUCACCUCAUCUCCCCAGCGAAUCUACAAUGAGCUCAAUCUACUUUACAUGUUAACGGGAUGCACAAGAGUGGGACCGCUGUGUGAUGCGACAAGAGUACGAGACCAGGUAAUCGCUGUCCUGCCGUACUAUCCGCACGAAGAAUUCCGAAAUUUCUACAGAGAUUUGCCGAUCAAGGGUAUCAAGAUGUAUCUUUGGGAACUGCUUCAAGCUCUUAGCUUUGUGCAUUCUAAAGGGAUCAUUCAUCGCGAUGUCAAACCUACGAACUUCCUCUAUAAUCCGGAACUCGGCCGAGGCGUGCUUGUGGACUUUGGUUUGGCUGAAUUGCAGAUGGAUUAUUCAGGUGAGAUGUUAGAGAAAGAUGCUUCGCUCCCGUUGAAGGACAGAAGAACUUAUGACCAAUUUUGCCCAUGCAUAAUGCGAGAUACCAAUAUCUCACCACAUCAUAGAGCGACCACGCCAAUGGUAACGAUACAGAAUGGUAAGGUAGUUUACCUUAACAAUGUUACUGGAGUCGAUCUAACUAAGGGAUAUCCGAAGAACGAGACACGUCGCAUAAAGAGGGCUAACAGAGCAGGAACCAGAGGCUUUAGAGCUCCAGAAGUGCUGAUGAAGUGCGGAUCUCAAACAACAAAGAUCGAUAUCUGGUCGGUAGGUGUGAUUCUCUCGAGUUUGUUGACAAGGAGAUUUCCCAUGUUCCAAAGUCUAGAUGACACUGAUUCGUUGUUGGAACUUUGUGCUAUAUUCGGUUGGAAAAAGAUUAAAAAAUGUGCCGCCAUCCAUGGGUUGGGGUUUGAGGUCAAUGGUCUGAAACACAUCAAGGAAAGUGGUGUUGCUGGUGGUCUCAAGGGAUUUGUUUACGAGCUACUGGAUGCAGAGUGCCAAACAGGAACUUUUCCAGAUUAUAGCAUUGCGUUUGAGACCUACGAGUAUUUAUCUCAAGAACUUCACAACAAGCGAUGCAUCGAACCCCGACUUCCCGAUAGUGAAGGAACGUCAGAUGGACCAGAGGCGUAUGAGCUGAAGCGCUACCAGGAGGAGAUUUGGUCAGACCACUACUGGUGCUUCCAAUUGCUCGAACAGUGCUUCGAACUGGACCCGCAAAAGCGGAGCUCUCCCAACGAAUUGCUGCGCAGCGCAUUUUUCAACGAGUUAAAUGAAUCGGGUGUUUACACUGAAAUUGAAAGCACUGAGGAAGACGACUCUGCCGGAUCAGACGGAUUCCUUGCGGAGGAAAAUGACGUCGUUUUAAUAUCGGGCUGA